UGGUGACGCCGCCACUCCAUGUGUGUUGAGAAGCGCAUUAUUUGGCAACAGAGGCGGCAGCGGGGAGGGCAGAAAAAAAGAGGGUAUCCCCUGGAUUUUUAAAUAACAUCGAAUUAUCGGAGCUGAUUGUCAUCCUAAAUACUUUGGACGACCCGCAGUCGACGGAUCGCUGUCGAAUCGACCGAGGGGAUGUCUGAGGAGGCUGUUCGUCAGACACGCAGCCAGAAGAGGGCGCUGGGGAGGGAAAUCCCACCCCCUGAUUCUGAAGCCCCUCCCACUGAGUCUGACAGCAAAAAGCUCAAACUAGACGGGGCCGAGACUGGAGCUCCGGACCAGGAUCAUGAGAGCCCAAAUAAACCACAACCCGAAACCACAAAGGAUGACAAGGACCUGGUUAAACCUCUGGUUAAGCCUGUGGUUCAGCCUGAGAAGGUAACGGAACCAGAACUACCCCGGUUAACAUUACCGUUAGUGUUACCAUCACAACCAGCAAAUGAGCAAGAGCAGGACCCGGCCCUGAAACAAUCAGAACAGAGCUUAGAGAACCGGACUGAGCGGAAUGACCGCAGCGACCAGGUAAGGGUGAAGAGUGAGAUGCAUCUAGAUGGACAGAACCGGACUGUGCGGUCAGAGCCAAAGGUGGCCAGCAGUAUGAUGACGUCAACGGAGGUGAAGGCUACCAUUAAAGUGGAGGUCCAGACAGGAGAGCAGGCUCUGGACAUGAGCACCUCUAGAGGCUCCAUAAAGAGCGAGAAGCGUCCCCCGUCCCUAGAUGAUGAUGAUGAUGAUGAUGAUGAUGAUGUAAUCAUCCUGUCGGAUAACGACUCCUGCAGUCCGCCGAUGAACGGCUUGAACCACUUCAAUGAGCUGGACACAGACCUACUCAUGAAGAGCAGGCCAGAGGAGAGGGAUCGCAUCAUCAAACAGUUGAAGGAGGAGCUGAGACUGGAGGAGGCCAAGCUGGUGCUGCUGAAGAAACUACGCCAGAGCCAGAUACAGAAGGAUGCGUUGCAGAAGGUAUGGACACAUGUAGCCAAGCCUUCAGGAUUGUCGGGUUCUGCGGCUCCACCAUCUCUGAUCCGGGGAUCCAUCACAGCCAGUAAAGGCUCCCAGCAGGUGGUGUCAGGUAGGAGUUUGGGCACAGUCAUUCCUCCUCCUCUGGUGAGGGGUGGGCAGCAGAUCUCCUCCAAACAUGGCUCCCACAACUCCCAGAUCAUCAUGCCACCCCUGGUCAGAGGGGCACUGCCAAUCGCUGUGUCUCCCCAGCAGAUCCAGUCUCUCCGGCAGCAGCAGCAACAGCAGCUGUCAGGGUCUGUCUCAGGGGGCUCUGGCCCCCCUCCUCUGCUGCUGGCCCCCAGGGCCAACGUACCCGGCUCUCAGGCCCAGAGAGGCCUCAUGCAGUCAGGCCUCAUCAGGGUGGGCAACGUCAACAACGCCAGCCUGCUGGUCAACAUCUCACAGGCCUCCACAACCAACAUGAAGGGUUCUUCUAUCACCUCCCAGUCUGGAAACAGCAGUGUGUCUGUGGUCAACGUGAACGACUCUCCUGCCGCCCGUCAGGCUGCGGCUAAGCUAGCCCUGCGUAAGCAGCUGGAGAAGACCCUUCUGGAGAUUCCUCCUCCCAAACCUCUCGCCCCAGAGCUCAACUUCCUGCCCUCGGCGGCCAACAACGAGUUCAUCUACCUGGUGGGUCUGGAGGACGUGGUGCAGAACCUGCUGGACUCCAUGAUGAGAGCUAAAACAGGUAUGCCCCCGGACAAGCCUGCCAUCAAAGAGCCCUUCACCUGCAUCCAGUGCAGCACCGACUUUACCUGCCGCUGGAGACAGGACAAGGCCAAGGGUGGGACCAUCCUCUGUGCUGACUGCAUGUCCUCCAAUCAGAAGAAAGCCCUGAAGGCUGAGCACACCAAUAGGCUGAAGGCUGCGUUCGUCAAGGCCCUGCAGCAGGAGCAGGAGAUAGAGCAGCGGAUCCUCCAGCAGGCCGCCUCCCCUGUCUCUCACACCCCCUCCUCCUCUUCCUCCUCCUCAUCCUCUUCUCCAUCGGUGAUGUCCCAGCAGCUGAAGCAGGUUCAGGCCCAGGCCAGGGCCUCGUCUCUGCAGCACCAGCACCUUCACCAUCACCAGCAGCAGAACAGAGGACAUAGCAUCGCACGCCACCACUCCAACAUAAAACAGAGCCCUCAGGGCCAGGUCUCCCGUGGCGGUGUCCCGUCGGUGGGGGCGAGGAGCGUGUCCCACUCCUUCUCCUCCUCCUCCUCUCAGCUGCAGAGCGCCGUGGCUGCUGCGGCCUUGGUCAGCCGGCCAGGUAAGCAUGCCCCUGUGCGCCCCGCUGCCCAGGGUUCUAAGGGCAGCUCCAGUGGGAACAGCAGCAGAGCCCAAGCCACUGCAUGGAGGAAGCAGAACAACAUCAACACAGGUGUGACCAUGGCCUACGUGAACCCCAGUCUGCCAGUCCAUAAGACCUCGUCCACAGUGGACGCCCGUCAGAGAGAGUACCUCCUGGACAUGAUCCCCUCGCGCCCCAUCUCCCAGACAGCUAACACAUGGAAAUAAUCAUCUCAUUCAUUACCAUUAUCAAUAACCAUUAGCUACUGUUGUCAAUGCCAACAAUACAGCCCCUCCCCCCCGUGAGGACAGUUAUGGAAACGCGCAGCCUCCAAACCUUUGAGGAGAAGCAUUCUCAAGAAAAAAAUGUGCUAGUGUUUUUGUUUCUCUUAUGUUGUCUUUCAAGUCUAUUGUUUCUCAUGAGGCUCACCGAUGUUUGAUCAGUGUGCAUAAACAGCAAUUUACACCGGAGCAAAAAAAGAAAUGCGUAAAGGGCUUCCUUCCAUAUGUUCGUCAGCCAUGAUGUCUGUGAGUUUAUGAUGGCUUGAGAAUGUUGCUUUUCUCUCAAGAACAUAAGUUGGCGUUCUGCCGACCAUGGAAACGAUGGACAGCUCUUUACCUAUUGGACAGAACUAGGAGCCGUUUGGCCCUCUGUCAUCUUAGACUCAGCGAAUGGGAUGCAGACAAACUGUUGGGGUGUGGUCAAGGUGAAAUUACUUGGAACUGUUUACUUCAUAUUCAAGAGUACCCUAAAAAAGAUAUAAGACAAAAAAUAUGAUCUCCAAUAAACAUUCUCUUUAAGUUAAAAGAAACUGAGCAGUGAUGUUUUCAGUGCAUAACCUCAGUAACAGUUGAUUUGGAAUUUGUUUGUAUUUACAGUAAGUUAUUGGUUAUUUUGGGGGACUGAUGUAUACAUGAAAAAUUCCUGUCAUGAUGUUGUGGUUUUAACAACUGAACAAUUUAUUCUAGCCUCAUA